ACAAAUGAAUUGGUACAAAUAUUGAACAGUAGAGCAGUAACUAACACUGGUAAUCUGGUGAGGUAAGAAAGAAGAAGAAGCGGUGAGAGGAACAAAAACGCGUUGGAGGGCUCAAACACGGUUUUCUCGGGCCAGGUGGGUUUGACCAUUGGUUGCCGAAAACCGAAGCCGUCCUCGGAAAGAGCCCACUUUCCCACACCACACCGCACCCCACCCAGCCCAUCGCUCUAUUCUUCUUUCUUCCCAACAUUUUCUCACCAAUUACUACUCUCACCACGACAGACAUUAACAUUUACAUAUGUCCCUUCCACACUCUUUCUCACUCGACACUUGUUUCUUCCACUUUUUCUCUUUCUCCCACAACACAACACAACCCUCUUUUUUUCUCUUUCCCCUUCAUUUUUCAUUUCCAACUCCCAACCAUGGACCCCAAGGACGAAUUUGAACUCACAGGGACCACUUUUUCUCAGUUACUAUUCGGAGAUGACCAUGAUGCAACAACACCUGCAUUGUCUCUCCCUCACCACCACUGCUCUUACGAUCAACACAACCUCUCCGCUUCGCCUCUUUUCUCCUUUCACAAGCCACCCAAGAUGCUAUGCUUCGGAACCCAACCCCACAUUCCCGUCACCCCUCAGAAAUCUGUCAUCACUUCCAGUGACUCCUCUUCUGCUUCAUCCUCCAACCACACCAACACCGCCUUCACUUCCCUACCCAAGUCCACUAGUUUGCAGAAAAAGCGGAAUGGGUUGGGACAAGAACCAGUGGCCAAGGUGGGUGUCGGAGGCCAGAGACAAACUAAAAAGACCAAAGCAGAGAACCCCACCUCAACCGGACAUGCAAAGAGGAAGGAGAAGCUCGGGGAAAGAAUCGCAGCGUUACAACAGCUUGUUUCUCCCUUCGGCAAGACAGAUACAGCAUCGGUGCUUCACGAGGCCAUGGGAUAUAUAAGAUUUCUUCAUGACCAAGUUCAGGUCCUGUGCUCUCCUUACUUGCAAAGCCUGUCUUCCUCACACCACCAACAGCAGCACGGAGAAGAAGGAGAAAACAGCGAAGGGGAAGUGAAGAAGGACUUGAGGAGUAGGGGUCUGUGCCUGAUCCCUGUGGGAUGCACCGUACACGUGGCGAGUAGCAACGGUGCUGAUUUCUGGUCACCUGGUGCAAUAGGGAAGAGGGUUUCACCAUCAGGGAAGUAGUGAAAAGAAAGGAAGAUGAAUGAAUGAUUUUGAAAAUUUGUAGGCUUUUGGGAAAUGGGUUCCUAUGUCUGCCCAAAUUGGAGUUGUACUCAAUAUGACAGCUUAUCUGGAGAUAGAUGGGUAAGGAGGUAAAGUGCAGGAAAUGGCAAAGAGGGUUAACAAUUAACAAGAGUGGUUCAAAGUUCACACAUGAGGUACAAUUCAGAGGUCAUGAUUUUGUCCUUAAAUAUGUAACAUCUGUUUUGGAGGUCCUUUUCUCAGGACAACAACUAUAUCUAUAUAUUAUCAUUAUUCUAUACAAGGAAGCAACCAAAUAUUUUAUGUAGGCCUUCAACUCUAGGAUUCCUUAUAUUUUUAUUAUAUAUUUUCUCUGUAAAUUUCGCUUCAUCAACCACAUAGCAUGUCCACGACAUUCAAGUAUGAAUGUGUCCAUUGAAACAAUCGUGUUAAGGUAUUUUAUUGUGGGUGUCGUCACAUGUGACGGGGUUUUUUGAGGUUGUGUUUGGAGUGUUGUACAAAAUAAUGGUGGUGCAAUAUCCAAAUACGCGUGAUAUUAUGACACCAGUUGACAGCACUCGUAACAGGGUAUGAAUGUGAUAUCCGAGUUACAUAGCAAUUUUCUUCCAACAUUAUGAAAAGGGCAAAUCUCGAUUUGUAAUUUUUACAUCUUUGGUUUGCUUCUUGUUA